AUGUAUCCAGACAGAUACGUCCCAGACUAUGACCAUGGCCCAGAAAUUACUGGCAAUCGCUCUGGCUCUGGCGUCCAUCGCAUCGCGCCCUCUGGGGGCAUUCGACGCAGCAACUUCCGCCGCGACCGCCGCCGCACCAUGGAUCAUGGUCGUCUUUCUCCAUAUUUCCCCGACGAACCGGUCAUCUACGAGAACCAGCGUGUGGCCGCGGCUACCAGAGAGCCAACUCGACGCAACGACCAAUAUGCCAUGCCUCGGCUCACGAUCACGGAAGAAGGAGCAGUCACCGUCACCAGCACCCGCACAAAAGACAUUCUUGCUGCUGUCGACUGCGUUCAAGCCGACUCUACCGACACAGAAUACACGGCCGUCGUGUUUCGCUCCGACGUCCCAUACACCACGCUUGUUUUAUCCACCGGAGACAAAAGUGACAAGGUCGGCGAUGACGGUUUGGCGGGCAACUUCUGGAACUUCGUCCAACCAAAGGCCGCUAAGCAACACACCGAAGAGCCCCAGAGCAUGGAAGUUGAUCCCAAGAGCACGGAGGGUGAUCCCAAGAGCACGGCGGAUGAUCCCAACCCUCUACUCUUUUGUGGGUCGUGUAACUCACUAGAGCAUACCAUCCAGGAGUGUAUGAAAAUCGACACCGACGGCCUCAACCACAGCUGCCCUUGGUGCUGGCUGGACUACCCCCGCCCAUCCAACCCCUGUACCUGUGCCUCGGAGCAAUCUCUCGACGAUCAAUUCACUUGCCUAGUGGUCAAACGAGCCAACAUGCCCGCCUUCUACUCCGACCCACCAUGGUUCGAGAUUCUCAGACAGUACAGAACAGCCAACUCCGACGCCCCGGUCCCUGAGCACUUCCCGUGGACCAAGGAAUACGCUCUAGAUCAAAAAGACAUCAUGGAAGAUCUCCAGGACCUGUUUGAUGAGACGCACGACCCGAAAUCCCUCCCUAUUGAUCCAGCGACCCGAGACUGGGCGGCUGUUUGCGCAACCUACGGAGUGCGCGACCCUUGGAGCCUUAUGUACGGACCCAUACCGGGUUUUUGA